CUAAAGAGGGCGCACUCCAACAUUAAAAUUCAUGUUUUGUGGACGGAAAACGAGAGAGCACGAUGGCUGUUGUUUUUGAGGGAAUCAGUCUCCGAUCUUUGUCGGAUCACGGUGAUAUUUUGCAGAGAACCGAAGCAGUUCUCAGACUAGAAGUCGUCACGGAAAAUGAGGAGCCCAUAGUCUCGAUUUACAAUGGUCAUUUUUCCCAAGGCACAAAUGCCCAGCAGAUGCUGCGGUUUUCCCUGAACAGCAGCGACGUGACGUGCUGUCAGGCCAGCAAGCACACCUACCUGGUCAACAUGCAGGGUCGCUCUGUGCUGCUGCACUUUGCCUCAGACUUUGAACUGUCCAGGUUUCACAAUAUAGUCAACGGUGCCAAACACAAUGCUUCUACGGCUGUCAAGGAAUCGGUGUUCACAGAACGAACGGAGGAGGCUUCAUCGUCACAGUACUUUCAAUUUUACGGCUACUUGUCCCAGCAGCAGAACAUGAUGCAAGACUACAUCAGGACCUCCACGUACCAAAAAGCCAUGCUGCAAAACAGUGAAGACUUCAGGAAUAAGGUUGUUCUUGAUAUGGGCGCGGGUUCAGCCAUACUUUCCUUCUUUGCCAUCCAAGCCGGCGCCAAGAAAGUCUACGCUAUCGAGGCCAGCUCUAUAGCUGAACAAGCACAGAAAUUGGUCGAGGCCAAUAAACUCGCCGACCGCAUCAAGAUUCUUGCCGGUAAGAUUGAGGAAGUCCACGUCCCCGAACAAGUGGACAUCAUCAUCUCAGAGCCCAUGGGCUACAUGCUGUUCAACGAACGCAUGCUGGAGAGCUAUCUACAUGCCAAGAAGUUCCUCAAACCAGGAGGCAAGAUGUUCCCCACCAUUGGUGAGUUACACUGUGCGCCAUUCUCGGAUGAUGCAAUUUACAUGGAGCAGUUCACUAAAGCUAACUUCUGGUACCAGCAGUCCUUCCACGGGGUCAACUUGACUAGACUCAGGGAGGAAGCCCUUCAGGAGUACCUCAGGCAGCCCAUUGUCGAUACCUUUGACAUUAGGAUAUGCCUGGCCAGGUCUCAGAAGUACACGGUGGACUUUCUCAAAGCCCACGAGACCGACCUCCACCGAAUUGAAAUCCCUCUGUGCUUUGUGGCCCACGGGUCGGGGGCUGUCCAUGGCCUUGCGUUCUGGUUUGACGUCGCCUUCUGUGGGACAAUGCAAACGGUAUGGCUGUCCACAGCACCAACAGAACCCCUCACACAUUGGUACCAGGUCCGCUGUUUACUACGAGCGCCUAUCUAUGUCAAGCAAGGUCAAACCAUGUCAGGAAAAGUAGUACUCAUCGCCAAUAAAAGACAAAGCUACGACAUCGACAUCGAGCUGCAGUCGGACAGCAGCGGGGCCCGCUCCAACAACCGACUGGACCUGAAGAACCCGUUCUUCCACUACACGGGCCAGCAGCCCCAGCCCCCGACGGGGUGCCACGAGACCUCGCCCUCUGAGAAGUACUGGGAUUCCAUGCCCCAGACCGCGAUGGUGAACGGGAUGGCGGACAGUAACAGCAUGCAGGUGGCUCCGGUACAGCAGAGCAUGGCGCAGAGUUUCAACCUUAUACCACUAGCCAAUGCCGAGCCGAUCAGCCACACCGGUAUCCUGCCCGGAGGCACCACCCAGCGCCAGCAGACCUUCAGCAUACCGUCCUCCGUCGGUACCCUGAUGAGCAACGGUAGCCUGCCCUUCAUGCAGAACGGCCACCAGGCGGCCUACACCACGGCCAACCCGGCCGCCGCCGUCGUCGCGGCCGCCGCUUUCCCCGUGGUGGCGCCGGCCCAGUUCUCCAUCGUGGGCGCGACCGAUCAGCUCAGCCUGCAGCCGGGCACGGUCAUCAUUCAGGGCCAGCCCGGCGUACAGGGCUAGGUCGGUUACGCUGGAGUCGGAGAAGGGUCUUGCAGGUGUCUUAACCCGUUAGCUCAUGUACUACAUUGUAUCACAUUGUAUUACAUUGUAUCACAUUGUAUUUAUUCCCUGAUAAAAACCAUACAGUGUAGGGGCGGUUUUGGGUGGUGCAGGGUGUAAAAUGGGCUAAUCAAGAUGUUGGGCGGUGCACCUGCAGCAUCGGCCUCGAGACACUAACACGAGGGGUAAUGUGGGCACAGUUCUGUCACUACAUAUCUCUCAAGAAUACUAAAAUGCCCAGAGAAUAUUCCAAUUUUUUUCUCUGAGAGAAAUAGUCCAAUUUUGUUAAUACUAGUAAACACAUUUUUGAUACUUCAACUAUUCACUGGAAAAUCACCCUCAAAAUUGGCACUACAAAAAGCAAAUGCUUUCCAUUUCAAAAAAAAGAAAUUCAUCAGAAGUGAUUUGCAGGUUGCAUGUUUUGUUUUUAAUUGUCUGGCCACACUGCGUUUGACUGAAUCACUGAUCAACGGUCAGGUGACACGAAUGUCCUCAUUUGAUUGGCCGAGGGAAUGCAAAAUGGAUGGGUCUGUGUACAAAUAUAUACUUUUUUCCUUCUACAUAACGAGUGCCCUCUAAAACUCAUUGUUCAAGUCCUGAAUAUGAUGGUAUAUUAUCAUCACAUGACCUGUUUAUGUUAUGUACUCUGUGUUUCUCUGAAAAUAAAUACACCAAAUAAAAUCCACAGAAAUAGAAUCGUGGGUUUGAAAUUUGUAAAAACCCAUAUUCAACCCAAUGUGCAGUACACAAAGUUAGCAAAAAAAAUAUUAAAAGGAGCACCGUUAACAACAAAGAAAUUCUGUUGCAAAUUUUUGUUGAAAAUUAUUAAAUAAAUUGAGAUGUUUCUUGGGCCUUGAACAAAAAGAUAAAUUUACUUUCAUUGUUUUGACUUUUUUUGUUUUGGUUUUAAACAAGAGUGGUUGUAUCUCAACUGCAUAUUCAAAAGAAAUACACAACGGU